CGGCUAUAGGGGGAGGGGGGUGGGGGGGCGGCUCAGCGGCGGGUCUGCGGGCCGGGCGGGCCCCAUGGGCGGGUGUGUGGGCUCCCACCACGACUCCUCGGGCAGCCUCAACGAGAACUCUGACGGUACCGGAGUUGCUCUUGGUCGUAAUCAGCCUUUGAAAAAAGAGAAACCAAAAUGGAAGAGUGACUACCCCAUGACAGAUGGACAACUGCGCAGUAAGAGAGAUGAAUUCUGGGACACAGCUCCAGCUUUUGAAGGCCGUAAGGAGAUCUGGGAUGCCCUCAAGGCUGCUGCACAUGCUUUUGAGAGCAAUGAUCAUGAACUGGCACAAGCAAUCAUUGAUGGUGCAAACAUAACACUACCACAUGGUGCUCUUACAGAGUGUUACGAUGAACUGGGCAACCGGUACCAGCUUCCUGUCUACUGCCUCGCCCCACCUAUCAACAUGAUAGAGGAGAAGGGUGACCUGGAGACUCUGGAUAUCCCUGAUCCCCCACCCAAUUCAGGGCACGAGUGCCAGCUUCGUUUGCGCCUCUCCACAGGCAAAGACCUCAAACUGCUGGUGCGCAGCAUGGACACUGUGUACCACAUGAAGAGGCGGCUGCACGCCGUGGAGGGAGUGGAGCCGGGCAGCCAGCGCUGGUUCUUCUCGGGCAGGCCACUGGCAGACAAAAUGAAACUGGAAGAGCUGAAAAUCCCAAAGGACUACGUGGUGCAAGUUAUCGUGAGCCAGCCCUUAGCAAAUCCCACCCCAGUAGAAAACUGAUUUCUGCUUGUUUGGUGAUUCUUCUUUCCUCCGUCUCUGCCGUGGGAUUUGUUUUCACUGCCCUCUCUUCUUUUGGUUUGUCCUGGAUUGGUUCCGAGAAGUGACCAGCAAAAAUUCCAUCUGUGAUGGAGAUCUGCAAAAACAAAACAUGAAAAUGUAAACUGGCCUUCGGGGUUGCCUGAUCUCGUAUUUAACACGACAGCAAACAGCACAGGGCAAGGGCAAAAGAAGAAGUGGGAAGGGAAAAGGGAGGAGGUACAAUGAGGGAGGGAAGAGAUUGUUGUUCACUUAAUACAAAAAUGUAAUGAUUCCUACAGCUGCAGGUGGUGUCCUGAUCCGUGGAGCCAGAGCACCAGAGAGUGCUUUUAUUUAAAAGAAUUUUUAAAAAUCAAUCAAUUUAUAAAUAAUUUCAUAUCAGCACCACAUCCAGUUCGUGCAGGAAUUGCAGCUGCUUUGGGUUGGUCCCUUCCUGUGUGUUCACGGGGAUCCUUUCUGGGUUGAUGUAACUCAUGUGCUUAAUCCAGGCACCACCGAGGCACAGCCAGCCCCGGGAAGCAGAGCUGGGCUGGGGGCUCGGUCUGCAUCCUGCACAGGCAGCUCCUGGUGAUGCUCAGACCAAGCAUUUGUACAUUCCAAGAUGGCAACGCAGUCCUGUGCCAUUGCUGGCUCCCAGGCUGGGAAUGUGGCCCACUGGAGCCAUAGGCAAUAACUUUAGUCAAGAUAUACUCUCAUGUACUGUACUGUAAACCUACUUGCUACAAGACUGACUUAGCCUGAAGUUUACUGCCUGGCUGGCACCUGAGUUUGUGCCUGCCAGCUUACUGUGUAUCACUCAGAUCAUUAAACCAAGCUUUGAGCAGGCUUGCUGAGAGGAGUGAGGUGCUGAGCUGUGUGUGUCAAAUGGCACUGGUGUGGCAGGUGCAGGUUAAACUGCAGCUGCACCCCCAUGCGAUGGGUUGCAACUUCCCCUGCUCGGGUCCUAGAGGGCACAAAGCAUGGAGGGUGGUAAAGAGGCAAAACAGGAUGUGGUUUUCAGCUUUUUUCAUCUGAGUAGCAUUUGAAGCAGUGGUGAGUCUUCUGUUGAUUCCAGGCAGGACAACUGAAGGUCUCCUCUCCAACACUCACCCACAGAGCCCAGACUCACUCACUCCCAGCCCAGAGCAUGAUGGUGGUGUUUCACAGCCAGUGCUUUCCCUUCAGAAUGUAAGAAGAGCCCUUUUUGGCAAAUGACAAAUCCUUUUGUAGUCUCAAAAAUCUGAAUCAGAACAUAUUGAGGAGGGAGAAAUCUACCAGCUUUUACCCUCAGUUCGAGAUGCUGCCUGUGCUCCUUUCACUGCUCUGCACCCUUGUCUGGUAAUGUCUUUGGCUGAGAUCAAAUGCCCUGUUCCUUUUGAAGAUUUCUUCUAGUUUGGUUGUUUUUUCAGCCAUCAUUGAAGUGACUUCACUUCUUCCAAAGCUGAAUGUGCUGUUCAGGUGUGAAUAGCAUCUUUUUACUGGUUUCCGUCUUCCCUCUCAGCAUCAAGAUUCUAAAGCUACAGUUGUGCCCAGUGCUUUCUCAUCUGCUAGUGAAACUGGUGGGUUACGUUGACAAUUUUAAGCUUGUUACUUUGGCUCCUUCAUUAAUUCCAUAGCACUCUGUUUCUUGAACUCAAAGGGAAUUCUUGCUCCAUGAGCAUCAGCACAGAGCCAGAAUGAGCAGAGGUCAAUUGUACAACAUCAUUUGUCUGUCCCAGCAGGUGAAAGCAGGUGCAGAAUUUACAUUGAUGGUUGGAAAAGAGAUCCACAUUUUAUAUUCAUUUCCAACCCUGCCCCAAAUAAAUACAGCUUUCUUUUUUGGUCCUUGUAUUGUAUUUAGCCUGUGGUUUUCUGACAGCUCCUUUAGUCUCUAUUUGAUACAAGAUGACUGAAGUGCAGUGGUAGAGCUGUGUGAAGGAAAAUUAGUUCCCUGUUCUCAUUAACACCAAAGUGACUUGGUUUUCUUUUUUUCUUUUUAAAGGUGAAAUCAAAGUUGAUAAAUACUAAUGUAUAACAAGUUUUCUAUUGUGGAGGUUUUUUUCCUUAGGACAAGUAUUAUUGGGGGUUUUGCAGCCAGUUCUUUUGCAUUCCAGAGGGGAAAAAAUAUUUGUUACAUAAAAAACUCAAAAAUUCCUUAGAAUUUUGCUGGGCAAAGGAUGGCUUAAUGCCAGGAAAACACUACUUGCCUCAUAAGGCAUAACUUACAUCUCUGUAUAAAGGGUCUUCACGAGGUCAUUUCCCUUCAGUCCUUUGUGGAAGGGUGGAAGUUGAGAUAGAUUAAGGAGGAGCAAACCAAGGUGACAGUUCUGUAACUGUGAACAUUAAAACAUUACUUCUUUUCAUAGGAUGUACUUUUUUUUUUUCUUUUUCCGUUUUUAGGCAAUUGUCAGAAUGUACUGGUUUUGAGAUUACAGCAUAUACAAGCUGGGAGAGCUCCUUCUUAGCCUUUCCCUCCUCUUACUUGGGAAAGGUUCAGUUUUAUAAUGCUGUAAUAGAUGACCAUGGUUUGUAUAAAUAGCUUUUGUGGCAGGGAACAAGGUGAUGGUCUGAAGGCUGUGUCAUGAGUGGGCUUUGAGUAGAACAAAGAAUUGGUUCAUGAAAACACCCUUAUUCUCUAACAGCCUCACCCCCUUCUGUCCCUUAAGCAUAUAUCUAAAAUUGAAGAAGAAAAAAAAAUGGUGGUGAAGUUCUUUUCUAAUGUGAAAGUGAAGACUUUUCAAACCUCUUCUGUAUAAAAUGGCCAAUGUGCUAAGCACAUGCCCUGCUGGAAACAAAUUUCAUGUUAUUUGUAUUAGCAAAGAAUUGUCAGUUUAAAAAAAAAAAAAACAA